AUGGGUGAUCAUAAUGAAGAAGAAAUAGUUUUUGAUAGUCGUAACUAUGACAAUGACAGCGAGAUAAAAAUAUUGGUAGAAGAUAAUGACUUUAAUCAAAGUAGAAUAUCAGAUUCACCAAUUGAAUUACCAAAACUUCCUAAAAUUCUUGUUAACAAGAAUUUAAGUAUAAAUUUUGAAAGAUUCAGUUUAUUUAGAAAUGCUCCGGGAUGUAUAGAUAAAGAUGGCUAUUACUAUGAUGAUGAUGGUUCGUUAUUUUGUAAAGUUGAAGGAGGCGGUGACAGCAGCAGUGUUGUUGAUUGUGGCGGUGGCGACAGUGGUUUCAAUGGUGGGCUACUAGUUAACCAAGAAUUAAGUCUUGAAUGUGAUGAUGGUGAUGAGGAUGUUAACGUUUUAAAAGAAUCAGAUAUCGAGAAAUUUUUAGGUCUUAUUAUGGUUGAUGUUGAUGUUGACGAUGACGGCGAGAUAAAAAUAUUGGUAGAAGAUAAUGACUUUAAUCAAAGUAGAAUAUCAGAUUCACCAAUUGAAUUACCAAAACUUCCUAAAAUUCUUGUUAACAAGAAUUUAAGUAUAAAUUUUGAAAGAUUCAGUUUAUUUAGAAAUGCUCCGGGAUGUAUAGAGAAAGAUGGCUAUUACUAUGAUGAUAACAAUCGCAACCUUAACGGUAAUGGUGAUAGUAAUAAUCGUGUGACCAACGUUUAUCUUUAA